AUGACUUAUCAAAAAUUGAAUCAUCAACAAAAGGAUGGCAAUACUCCUCUCCAUGCAGCUUGCAUAAACAAUCACAAUGACAUAGUUAUUCUAUUACUGAACAAGGAAGACAUUUGCGCGAGACGUCUACGUAACAAAGAAGGUAAAACUGCGUAUGACUAUACAAAAUCCAGUGAAAUUCGACGAUUAUUUUGCCGUCCGGAAACUGCAACAAUCGCACGUUUGCAGGAUGAUCAACCAACAUCAUCUCUCCAACCCGUUCUCGCAACCAAUAUGGAUUCAAAGGAGACAAUUCCUGACGAUUGGGUUCGCGGUUAUACGAAUGCCAAGCAAAAUUUCGAUGGACAAUUCAUGCUUGCUUUACAAAAUGCUCCCUUGCCAUUGAAAGUUCUGAUUAAAAUGCGAACAAGAAACGAAGCUGAACAAACAUUCGAAGCAUUUUUGGAAAAAUGUAGUCAACUUCAACCAAACAAACGCCAUUUGCUCAUGACAGAAUUUGAACGAUAUAAAAAAACGAGGAAUAUCGAACAUCUACUGACAAUUUACACGUUGGAAACAGUUGUUUACAAGAAAUUACAAGACGAAAUGAAUGCUUAUACAACUUUGAUCUUUCUCAGUUUGAAAAAACUAGCCAGCCGAAGGUAUAAAGGAGUGAGUUAUCGAGGUGCUGCAAUGACUCAACAGGAUGUUAAUGCGUAUAAAUGGGCACAAAAGAGCAAAGACUACAUAUUAGAAACUCGUGUAUUUCAAUCGACAUCUCUAUCCGAAGAAUUCUCGAACUUAUUCGCAGUAUCUCGUCCAGACGAUGGAAAAAUAUGUGGUGUUCUAUUCGAAUAUAUUUUCGACAUAGAAUGUGCAACGGCGAUCCAACUGGGAGAAAUUUCAUUUUUCGAACAAGAACAAGAAGUUCUGAUAUUACCAUUUACAUUAUUCAAAGUGGAAAGCGUCAAUUUUGAUGAACCAUCGAGUCAUUAUCGUAUCACUCUUCGGUAUAUUCGAUCGACGGAAAAAUCUUUUCUUUCAUCAUGGUGGAAUGCAUAA